UGUGUGGCUCCGGUGAGACCACCAGCUUGGAGGACUGGUCAGCAGCUGCACGUUCUGGGUCUGUCUUGGGUAUUCCCAUAUGGCCAUGAGAUCCGGGAGCCACCCCUCGCUGCUGCUGCUUCUAGUGCUGCUGCUGUGGCUGCUGCAGGUCAGUAUCAUUGACAGUGUUCAACAGGAAACAGAUGAUCUUACUAAGCAAACAAAGGAAAAGAUCUACCAGCCUCUACGGCGAUCCAAGAGAAGAUGGGUUAUCACCACCUUGGAGCUGGUGGAGGAAGACCCGGGACCCUUUCCCAAACUCAUUGGUGAGCUGUUCAAUAAUAUGUCUUAUAACAUGUCACUAAUGUAUCUAAUCAGUGGACCUGGUGUGGAUGAAUAUCCAGAGAUUGGUUUGUUUUCUCUAGAAGAUCAUGAGAAUGGAAGGAUAUAUGUUCACCGCCCUGUUGAUCGAGAAAUGACACCGUCUUUCACGGUUUAUUUUGAUGUUGUGGAGCGCUCAACAGGAAAAAUUGUGGAUACAUCCUUGAUUUUCAACAUUAGGAUCAGUGAUGUGAAUGAUCAUGCACCCCAGUUUCCAGAGAAGGAAUUUAACAUCACUGUGCAAGAAAACCAAUCUGCAGGGCAACCUAUUUUUCAGAUGUUAGCAGUCGAUUUGGAUGAAGAAAACACUCCAAAUUCUCAAGUCCUCUACUUCCUCAUUUCUCAAACACCAUUACUGAAAGAAAGUGGUUUCCGGGUUGAUCGCCUUAGUGGAGAAAUACGACUCUCCGGGUGCUUAGAUUAUGAGACUGCUCCUCAGUUUACACUGCUAAUCAGAGCCAGGGACUGUGGAGAACCGUCACUGUCAUCCACGACCACCGUUCACGUGGAUGUGCAAGAAGGCAACAACCACAGGCCUGCAUUUACCCAGGAGAACUAUAAGAUUCAGAUUCCUGAAGGCCGAGCCAGCCAGGGCGUGUUGCGUCUCCUGGUUCAAGAUCGAGAUUCUCCAUUUACAUCAGCUUGGAGAGCAAAAUUCAACAUAUUGCAUGGCAAUGAAGAGGAGCAUUUUGACAUUUCGACUGACCCUGAGACCAACGAAGGGAUAUUAAAUGUUAUCAAGCCUUUGGAUUAUGAGACUCGCCCAGCGCAAAGCCUCAUCAUUGUCGUGGAGAAUGAGGAGAGGCUCUUCUUCUGUGAGAGAGGAAAGCUUCAGCCGCCAAGGAAGGCAGCAGCCAGCGCCACUGUGAGUGUGCAGGUGACAGACGCCAACGACCCACCAGCCUUUCACCCCCAGAGCUUCAUUGUCAGUAAAGAGGAGGGCGCCAGGCCUGGGACCCUGUUGGGAACUUUUAAUGCCAUGGAUCCAGACAGCCAGAUAAGAUAUGAACUGGUUCAUGACCCAGCAAAUUGGGUCAGCGUCGACAAAAACUCCGGAGUGGUCAUCACCGUGGAGCCAAUUGACCGAGAAUCCCCUCAUGUAAAUAACAGUUUUUAUGUAAUCAUCGUUCACGCUGUUGAUGAUGGCUUCCCACCGCAGACUGCUACAGGGACCCUAAUGCUCUUCCUGUCUGACAUCAAUGACAACGUCCCGACUCUCCGGCCACGUUCCCGCUACAUGGAGGUCUGUGAGUCUGCUGUGCAUGAGCCCCUCCACAUCGAGGCAGAGGAUCCGGACCUGGAGCCGUUCUCUGACCCAUUUACAUUUGAAUUGGACAAUACCUGGGGAAAUGCGGAGGACACAUGGAAGUUGGGGAGAAAUUGGGGUCAAUCAGUUGAACUUUUAACCUUGAGAAGCCUGCCACGUGGUAAUUACUUGGUGCCACUCUUCAUUGGAGACAAACAGGGACUUUCCCAGAAGCAAACUGUCCAUGUAAGGAUCUGCCCCUGUGCCAGUGGGCUCACGUGUGUGGAGCAUGCAGAUGCAGAAGUGGGGCUUCUUGUGGGGGCCCUGUUCCCUGUCUGUGCAGCGUUUGUGGCUCUGGCAGUGGCUCUGCUUUUUCUGUUGCGAUGCUAUUUUGUGCUUGAACCUAAGAGGCAUGGAUGCUCUGUAUCCAAUGAUGAAGGCCACCAAACACUGGUCAUGUAUAAUGCGGAGAGCAAAGCUACUUCAGCCCAGACAUGGUCAGAUGUUGAAGGCCAGAGGCCGGCUCUGCUCAUCUGCACAGCUGCAGCAGGACCCACGCAGGGAGUUAAGGGUUAUGGCAAGCCCUUUGAGCCAAGAGGUGUGAAAAACAUACACUCUACUCCUGCUUACCCAGAUGCCACAAUGCACAGACAACUCCUGGCUCCGGUGGAAGGAAGGAUGGCAGAGACAUUGAAUCAGAAACUCCAUGUUGCCAAUGUGCUGGAAGAUGACCCCGCCUACCUACCUCACGUCUACAGCGAGGAAGGGGAGUGUGGAGGGGCCCCAUCCCUCAGCUCUCUGGCCAGCUUGGAACAGGAGUUGCAACCUGAUUUGCUGGACUCUUUGGGUUCAAAAGCGACUCCGUUUGAGGAAAUAUAUUCAGAGUCAGGUGUUCCUUCCUAAAAAAAAAGUCUAUUUUGGAGAAUUGAAAUAAUUCAUGGAAGGGAAUCACUAUUCAGGGAUUUUUCCCCUUUGCUCUUCUUUUCCCUCCUUAAAAGAAAAAUUACCUUCUAGUCCUAGGAUGAGGACACACUAUUAGUUUGAAUUAAAUGCUUUGAUAUUCUCAGAUCAGCCAUCUUGAACCAAAGCAAAACCACAAGUUACGCUUUCUUAAAAUUUGAUUUGUCAUAUUUUCUAGAGAAACUUGAAUUUAAUUGUGUUAUUCUUAGCUUCCACUGGCAGCCUAGCUUUGAGGGUAAAUGAAAAUAUAACCCAUAGAUUACCCAGCCACUUGGGAACAGCAGGUAAUACUGAAGAAAAAUAAAAAUAGAUUUUGAAAACGUUACUUACAUUUCUAUGAUUAUGAUUCUGCUUCCAUUUAAGGGAAAACUUAGGUAAAUAGAGAAAUUUUUUCUAUAACAUUUGUUGUCAGUAUUUGAAGUGAUUUUUAAAAAAAUAAGUAUUGGUCCCUGUUCACUUUUUGAUUAGAUAAAUAGAUAAAAUAUGUUAUCUUGAGAAAAAUGAUUAUGCUGAAAGCUUUAUAAACAGUAUACUCUUUAAAAAAUGAAGAGCUGACAUAAUUUAACUUGUAUGUAUUAUGUAAGUAAAAGAGUUAGGAGCCUUUGAAUGAGUAAGUUCUGAUUAGAUUUUAUCUUUAAACAAAACCACAAAAUUUAAUUGGUUUUUACUUGUCCACUUACUGCUAGUGUCAGUUUCAGGGGAGGAAAUGGUUUCUUUUAAAAAUCUUAAUAGGGGACAUAUGCCCUAAAAAUAGUCAGUUUUCUAGUCUGAGUAAUAGAUAAGAGACUGACUAAGCAAAGUUUAAAAUGCUAUUUGGACACUUUAAUGCACAUAUUGGAUAUCUAAAAGUCUACAGCCAUAUAAAAAUUUUAUAUAAUUAAUGAGCAAAUGCCGUCUCUCAUGCCCUAAAAUAAAUCAGUAGAAACAUGUUUGCUGGUGAAUCAGUGAAGCAUUAUGUUAAACAGUGAGUUACAGCUCAGAGUUAAAACUUUCUCCUUCUUUUUGAAGAAGCUGUGCAAAUACUUCUUUUUAAGGAGAUCUGGCCUUUUCCUACCUGGUUACCUCGGUCUUCCUCUGCUUUGGGAAGCUGAAAAAGAAGAAAAAUCACAUUUAAAGCACUGGAAUGUCUGAAUGGGACGCUUGAAUGUGUAGAACAGCUGUACUGAUCCUAGCAUGACUCAGAGGACAGUCUAGGGCAUUUUCUGGGUAAUUCAGGAUAAAAGUCUUUUUUUUUUUUUAAGAAAAAUACAUGUUUUUGGACAACAAAACAAAGUAAACAUUAGUUUAUUCGAUUGCCUCCUUAUACUUGCCUCUUUCAUUCUGUCCCCUGUAGAUUUUUUAAAAAUUAUCUCGUUUUAAAACUUUAUUAUUUCAUUUUAAAUAAUUGACAUAUAAUAAUUGUACAUAUUUAGGGGGUACAUAGUCAUGUUUCAAUACAUUUACAGUGAUCA